GGCGGCGCGCGCGCGCGGGCCGGUGGGCGCCGUGGCCACGCGGCUGGCGCAGGCGCUCGGCUCGCCGGCGCCGCGCGCGCAGGACUGGCUCACGCUCACGCCGCGCGACAAGAUGCCCGCGCCGCCGCACGUCGCCUUCCCCAAGCCGCCUAAGGCGCCCGACGGCAGCCUGAUGUACGAGCGCGUGGUGUCGCGCGCGGAGCUGGAGGCGGCGCGCGCCGCCGCCGCGCCCGCGCCCGCCGCGCCGCUCGCGCUCAAGCGGCGCGCCUUCGACGACAUCAACGGACUUGACACAACAGGAGGCGCAGCAGUGCCGCCGGCCAAGCGGCCCAACAAGCACCCGGCGCCGAUGCAGCGGCCCUCGCGCGAGCAGUACGCCGCCAUGUGUGCGCGCGCGCAGGCCACCGGCCAGCCGCUGCCCGCGCACGUGUUCGCGCACGUGAACGGCAAGCCCACGAGCCUGUCGGGGCGCGGCGGGCGGCGCCACGUCAUCUCGUGGAUGGACGCGCCCGACGACCUGUACUACCGCGCCACCGACACCCACAAGGCCCUGCGCCGCGCGCUGAGCUGCGGCGAGCUGCGGCGCGGCGCGCGCGCGCCGUGGCGGGCGAUGCGCGCGCCCGGCGGGGCGGCGGGCGCGCUGGGGGCGCUGGGGGCACGUGCGUUCCUGCACUGGGAACAUAUAUCGGGCUGA